AUCAAACAGAGUGUGUUUUGUCAGUGAAUCUGGUUUUGGACUUCAGUUGGCAUUGAAUUAGCAUUGAAUUGAGUGUCAGUUGUAGUCAACACAUCACACAUUCAUUCAAAUUAUAAUAUUAUUAUAAUUAUUAAUCAAAUCGACACUCAUUUUAGCGAAACACUUAUUGGCGUCAAUACAAUGCUUAACACAGGCGUAUUCGCGGGAAAGACAGUGUUUAUAUCGGGAGGAAGUCGUGGUAUAGGGAAAGCCAUUGCCCUCAAAGUGGCCAAAGACGGCGCUAAUGUCGUGAUCGCCGCCAAGACUGUCGACAAACACCCAAAACUUGAGGGAACCAUAUAUAGCGCCGCCGAAGAAGCCAUUGCCCUCAAAGUGGCCAAAGACGGCGCUAAUGUCGUGAUCGCCGCCAAGACUGUCGACAAACACCCAAAACUUGAGGGAACCAUAUAUAGCGCCGCCGAAGAAGUUGAGGCCGCCGGAGGAAAAUGUCUUCCCAUUCAAUGCGAUCUCAGAGACGAAGAGGGAGUGAAGAGUGCGCUCGAGAAGGCUGUGAAACACUUCGGAGGAUUGGAUGUGUUGGUGAACAACGCCAGUGCUAUCAGUUUGACAAGCACUGAAGAGACAUCAAUGAAGAAAUACGAUUUAAUGCAUUCAAUCAAUACGAGGGGCACUUACAUGGCAUCCAAGUAUGCGAUUCCAUACCUCCGCAAGUCAUCGAAUCCUCAUAUCUUGAAUCUGAGUCCACCGCUUGUGAUGACUCCCAAGUGGUUCGCGCCUCACGUGGCGUACACUAUGGCUAAGUAUGGGAUGUCUAUGUGUGUCCUCGGAAUGGCUCACGAAUUCAAAGCGGACGGCAUUGCAGUGAACGCUCUUUGGCCGCGAACUGCCAUUUGGACGGCGGCUAUGAGUAUGAUUGGUUCGGGAAGUCCUGAGUUAGCCAACAGAUGCAGAAAAGCAGACAUUCUCUCGGACUGUGCUUAUGGUAUACUCUCGAAGAACUCGAAGUCAUUCACCGGAAAUUUCGUAAUAGACGAAGACUUUUUGCGAAGCGAAGGCAUCCAAGACUUGGAUCAGUACGCAGUGAAACCCGGAAACCCUCUUGUGUUGGACUUUUUCCUACCGGAGGAACAGUUUAACAAAGGAGACAAUGUGUUGAAUAUCUACGAACAACAGCCGAGUUCUUCUUCGCCAUCAAAUUCCGGCAAAACGGACAGAAUUUUUGCAGGAAUUAAAUCUCUAAUCAACGAUGACUUGAAGAAAGAGAUCAACGCUCUGAUGGCGUUUGUCAUAUCGGGCCAGAGUUGGCUCAUCGACGCCAACACUUCCCGACCCCUGAAAGUAGAAAAGGGAGAAUCAAAGAGCGCUGACGUGACUCUCAUCACAGAUGACGAGACGUUCGAGAAGAUGGCCAAAGGAGAGGUCAAACCGACCACUGCUUUCAUGUCCGGAAAACUUAAAAUUAAAGGCAAUAUCUCUGUGGCUAUGAAAGCAGAAAAACUCUUUUCUCAAUUGAAGUCAAAGCUAUAACUUAUAAAUUAAAAAGUGUUAUAAGUUUACGUGUUAUAAGUGCUCAUAAAUAACCGAAAAAAGGGAUAAAGGGUUAUAAAACAAAUACAAAUAAUUAUUAUUUCUUAAUAUAAGUUUAUAAUAACCUAAUAAUCAAAUAUAUAAACAAUGGUUUUGAUAUGCAAUUAAAUUUUAAAAAUAGUUAUUUUAUAUGAAUUAUACAAAUGACACGACUGUUCAGAAAGUGACAAUCCUUUGAACCAAAUCUGAUACAAGUGUUGGUAUUGUUAAGGUAUCGGUGCGAUAGUACUGCACCGGUAUAUUGUAGUGAACACUACAUUCAUUGUAAUAGCAAUUAAAAAGCCAAAUAAAGUUAAACAAUAUUUUUUGAUUACA